AUGUCAUCUCCUGCCGGACUUCUAUCAUGCUCUAACGAAACGCUGGCCAACAUCUUCAGCGAUGAGAUUCUUAGCAAGAAAGACCUCAGAUCACUGCGUCUCAUUUCAAAGGAACUCUGUCCUGCCGCCACAAGGGAGUUCGCGAAGCGUUAUGUCACCAACCCGUUCUUCUUCUUAUCUCGCUACGGUCUGCAGUCACUUAUCGACAUCUGCAAACACCCAAUCUUCGGUCCCGAGAUUCGGUCUAUUGGCUUCCUAGCCACAAAAGUGCAUAUCAGUGGCCUUAAGGAGCACGUCUCCGAUGCGGGAUCCAUUGCCAAGCAUGACAGUAACAGCAGCUCAAUGGUCGACAGUCUCACGAUUAUCAGCGACUAUGCAAGAAUCUUGAAGGAAAAGGCUCUGCUCGCGGCAUCUGGCGACACCAAAGAAUUACUCACCACUGCCUUGCAGGCGCUAAGACAACCGAUUUCGAUCACGAUCGCCAAUGACUUGGAUUUUGUAGGCCCUGGACAAGCCAUCGGUCUUCCAUUGAUCACUCACUACUAUGACGGAAAUUUCAACAAACCUAUUACAUGCAUACCAGACUUGGAAGUCAACAUGAAGAGCUCUCUUAAGUUGAUUGAGAAGGUCAUCGCAAAGUUGAGCACUAAGGAUCACAUGCUAUUGACUGGCCUCAAGUUGAAGAUGAGACGCCAUUCUCAAGACACACCCAACACCAGCGACCCAAGUCGUCUGGACAGCAUCAUAGUGCAAUCUAUCAGCGGUGCUUACUCAAGCCUGACAACAUUCCAUCUCGAAUUGGACCUUGAAUCUUUGAGAUGCUCAUCGUCCUUCGGAUCCUUUGAGGAACUCCUCAAGGCAGUACCCAACUUGCAGGUAUUUGCUUUCGAAACAAGCUGCACAGACAAAAGACCUGUUGGCAUGAGUACCUUGGAGCGUGUUGCCAAGCUCUUCAGUUUCGAGACCAACUUCGAGCUGCGAGUGUUGAUCCUACAAAAUGUGCCGUGCACGUUAGAAAGUCUUCAACUGCUGAUGGAGAGACACAAGAAGACUCUGGAGCAUGUCAAGCUCUCCAAGAUCACCCUGCUCGGAUCAUGGAAGGCCUGCCUGAGAGGGAUGCGCAAGGAGCUUGAUCUGCAGAGAUUACAGAUUGCUGAUCCAUACACAAUCAGCCGUGACAAUACCACAAGCAGAGGCGUCUUCUUACCAAAACAGCAAACCUGGAGAGCUCCUACAACUAACUCUUUUGAGGGUAAGGAAAACACGCGUACUGGGCUUGACAAUCUGAUCCGUCGUACUCCCUAA